AUGCAUGUAACUUUGAAGAAGGAGUUCAUCAAGAAAAAUGAAAAUCUGUUAGAGGAAGGUGCCUCUAGAAUUAUCACAAAUUUUCAAGUGGCUCAUAACGGUAGUAAGUUCAAGACCAGCCCUCACGUUUACAAAAUCUUUUUCGCAUCAACUACAUCUGUCAAACCGGCAGAAGAAAUGGAUCCAAGAAUCUUAGGUUUCAAGUUUGUCAAGUUUAGUGAUAUUCACGAAGGCAAAAUGAAUCCAGAUUUCUUGAUAGAUGUUAUUGGACAAAUUGUGAGUAUUGGGGAUGUGGAGAUCUUGAAUGUUGGAAAGAGACAGACAAAGAGGCUUUCUAUGGAGAUCCGUGAUACAGAAAAUGUUCGACUUAAUUGUGUUCUUUGGGGACAAUUCGCUGAAAAUCUUGAAAGUGUGGCUCAACAUGCUAAUGAUGCUGUGAUUGUUGCUGUUUUGCGGUUUGGAAAGUUAAAACUUUAUCAAGGUGUUUGGAGUGUUGGCAAUUGCUACAACUGUUCAAUGGUUAUUACUGAUCCAGUCUUCCCAGAGAGUUUGGCUUUUAAAGAGAGAUUGCCAAAAGAUGGUUUAACCCUGACCUAUACUCAUCCAAAUCAGUUGACUAUUGUCAAUUAUGUAUCAGUAAGGGACAAUUUCUUCUUGCAUAGUCCUCGAAGGACUAUUAGCGAAAUUAUUGCUGCUUCUGAG